GCCUGUCUCACUUCUCUGAGAGUUUUGUGUCGUCUUACUAGUUGAACGCUCGUCAGUAAUUUCAGACUCGUAUCCUACAAAACAGGAUAUCAGAACUAUUUUCAUCGAAAAUGAGUGCUCCAGCACCGGCACCUGCUUACAAAAUAGGAAUAGUGAAGCAGGUACUAUCGGGAGAUACGGUGGUAAUAAGAAAACAGCCUCAGGGCGGGCCGCCUCCAGAGAAAGUGAUAGCCCUUUCGGGUAUCACCGCACCUAAACUCGCUCGCCAAAGGACCGCCAACAAUGACACAGAAACGAAGGAUGAACCAUUCGCGUGGGAAGCCCGUGAAUUCCUAAGGAAGAAGCUAGUCGGCAAGGAGGUUAUCUUCACUGCUGAGAAACCGGCGAAUUCAGCGAAUAGAGAAUAUGGCGUCGUAUGGGCUGGCAAAAAUCCUUCCAAAGAUGAAAAUGUUACUGAAGCCUUGCUGGCUGAAGGUCUCGUUAAAGUUCGAGAAGGUGCUAGAAAUAUACCUCAGCUCAAAAAGCUGGUAGAGAUCGAAGAGACAGCCAAAUCGCAAGGCAAAGGAAUUUGGAGUACUGAUGCUGAUAAACAUGUACGAGACAUCAAGUGGUCUAUCGAAAAUCUGAAAGCUUUCGUCAACAAAUACAAUGGUAAGCCUGUAAAGGCUAUCAUUGAAUAUGUGCGUGAUGGUUCUACAGUACGUCUUUGUUUGUUACCUGAAUACACUCCCAUUACACUGAUGCUAUCUGGAAUUCGAUGUCCCGCUGUAAGACAAGACGGUGAAUCUGAGCCUUACGCAGAAGAAGCACGCUUCUUCCUGGAGUCCAGAUUGCUGCAGAAAGACGUCGAAGUAGUUCUGGAGUCCGUUAAUAACAACAAUAUCGUGGGCACGAUACUGCACCCGCAGGGUAACAUCGCUGAGGCCCUACUAAGACAAGGGUUCGCGAAAUGUGUCAUGAAAUCAGGUGCGUCUACAUUGAGAGCCGCUGAAAGUGCAGCUAAGGAAGCAAAACUGCGCAUAUGGAUAAAUUAUGUAAGCAAUGCACCUAUAAUCCCGGCGAAAGACAAGGAAUUCACGGCCACCGUGUUGGAAGUAGUCAACGGAGACGCGCUCGUUGUUAAAACACAUAGCAAUGUACAGAAAAAAAUAUUCUUAGCUAGCGUCAGGCCUCCUCGUGAAAAGAGCAAUGCUGACGACGACAAUAAACCUAUACCGAGGCCAAAAGGAUUUAGACCUUUGUAUGAUAUUCCAUGGAUGUACGAGGCACGUGAAUUUCUUAGAAAAAAACUGGUUGGGAAAAAAGUUAAUGUGACAGUAGAUUACAUUCAGCCAGCAAAAGAUAAUUUCCCAGAAAAGACAUGUUGUACUGUCGUAAGCGGUGGCACGAACAUAGCUGAAGCUCUGGUGACUAAAGGGUUGGCAACAUUUGUGAAGUAUAGAAACGAUAAUGACCAAAGAAGCUCACAGUAUGAUAAAUUAUUGGAGGCCGAAUUGAAAGCAGUUAAGGCCGCAGUUGGUAUUCACAACAAGAAAGAAGUGCCCACCCACCGUGUGCAAGACACCAGUGGAGAUCCAACGAAAGCAAAAAAAUUCUUCCCAUUCCUCAAACGUGCCCAAAAAACCGAGGCUACUGUGGAAUUCGUUGCUAGCGGAUCGCGUAUGCGUUUAUAUAUUCCUAAAGAAUCCGUCUUAGUAACCUUUUUGCUUGCCGGCAUUAACUGUCCCCGAGGUGCGAGACCUGCAAUUGGCGGAGGACCCAAACAAAAUGCAGAGCCUUUCGGAGAAGAAGCUUUGCAGUUCACGAAAGAAAAGUGCUUACAGCACGACGUCUUAGUCAGCAUAGAAGAGAUUGACAAAGCAGGGAACUUCAUCGGUUGGCUCUGGGUUGACAACGAGAAUUUGUCCGUUUCGUUAGUCGAACAUGGCCUUGCCUCGGCGCAUCACACGGCGGAAACGUCUGAGUUUGCACGCGCCAUAAAAACCGCUGAAGAGAAUGCAAUUAAAAAGCGUAUCGGCGUAUGGAAAGACUAUGUCGAAGAAGAAAAAGAAGUCGAAAAGGAGAGAAAUGCAACUGUACAAGAUCGUACUCUUAAAUACGACCGCGUGGUCAUCACUGAAGUCACUCCUGAAGGUCAUUUCUACGCACAAAAUGUCGAUUUAGGUGUGAAACUAGAAAGUCUUAUGGAAACUAUACACACUGAGUUUAGAAACAGUCACCCAUUGCCUGGAUCUUAUGCUCCAAGGAAGGGAGCCAUCUGUGCUGCUCGUUUUACAGCCGAUGACCAAUGGUACAGGGCAAAGAUUGAAAAAAUAACAGACAAUAGGCAGGUCCAAGUUGUAUACAUCGACUAUGGAAAUCGAGAGACGUUAGACAUAACCAGAUUGGCAGCACUCCCGGUGGGUACUGAGCACGAUUCGCCUUUUGCGACAGAGUAUGUUCUCUGCUGUGUGAAAUUCCCCUCGGACCCUGAUGACCGAGCAGAAGCUGUAACCAGUUUCUAUAAUGAUGUCGUUGGCAAGAGGCUGCUCUUGAAUGUAGAAAUCCGUGGAUCACCAGCUGCUGUUACCCUUGUUGAUCCUAACACAAACAUUGAUCUGGGCAAGAACCUUAUCAAAGAUGGGCUCGUGUUAGUGGAGCAGGUUCGUGACAGCCGACUGGCGACAUUGAUGGCCGAGUAUCGCGCCGCUCAGGAGCACGCCAAGAGCUCGCGACUCAACUUGUGGCGGCACGGUGACAUCACCGAGGACGAUGCAGUGGAAUUCGGGGUGCGUCGCUAGCUGUACGCCCCCGGCGUUGACGCCACCACAUCGCCCACGCACAUCCGCAACUGUGCCACCUGCACCACUGUAGAUGUCGACAGCAUCGUCCACGCCAUUCUUUACCAUAUACUGUGAACUAUAAACUGAACAAUGAACUUUAAAUCAUGAUGUAAUUCAAACUUGGAUGUUGUGAACAAUUGUUUAUUAAUCAGAAGUUUAUUAUUGCUAAUUACGAUACGUGUGUUGUGCCGGAGGACAUUACGAUGGUGAGCAGUGAACACGGCAGCGGAAGGGGUGCCGCAACACUUACACGCUAGCAUACCGAGCAUAAUUCAUAAAAACAUAUUUUUUAAAUUUACAAACAUAUUUUAGAAAUUAAAACAGAUUCAUAACUAUAAUAGAUUAAAUAAAUUAUAUAGGUCGCUGAUUUAAAUACUUAAUUACCUACAAACUAAUAUAUUAAUAUGUAACUAUUUAAAUAAAUGAAUUUAUUGAUAAAUGCCUGUUGUUGGUCAUAAUAUAAAUGUGUUACAGAUUUGUAUAUCAGGAUUUAUUGAAAUUUAUUGUAUGUAGAUUGAUGUAAUAGUUCUAUAUUUCAUUGUUAUUUCAUAUUAUUUUAAAUAUACAUUUUUAGUAAAAUAUAUUCUUGAAAAUAAAUAAUCCCAUUUCCUUUCUUUGAUGAAAUUUGUUUAUAAUCUUCAUGAAAAAAAUUUAAAAAAUAUGAAGUAUUUUGCAUAAAAUGUUAUAAAUUUAACAAAUAAAUUAGCAUAAUCAUGUGACAUUGUAGUUAGUGAGAACAUGUAUCUUGUGCAUAAUCAGAAGUCUGAAUUUUCUAUGUUUAUUUAAUUCUUAAUGUAUCGUGUUUGGAAUGUAUCAAUUUCUAUAGACAUUUUAGCUUCCUUAAAGUUCGUACUUAUAAUUCAUAUUUAUGAACCUACCUCUCCUGUCGGAGAUGUUUUAAUUUUGUUUACAAACAGUAGGGUACCAUUAGGUGCGUGGAUUGUUAAAGAACUUGGUAAAAUAAAUAUUUUAGGAAAAAUCAA